CCUAAAGAAGGGUUUGUUUGCCUCUCCACCGGCCUCCUUUCUUCUCUUCUCUUCUUAGCUCUCUCCCGCAGAAGAGAGAGAGAGCCCCCCAUAGCCGCUCUCUCUAUAAAUCCCUCUAAAAGGCCCCUAUUCCUUCUCUGAUUCAGCGUAUCCCACAGCUGAAUCUUGUCUCUCGUAGUUCGUAAUCGGACGGCGGAGAUUGCUUGUUUUUCUUGUUCUUGUUCUUCUUCUUCUUCGUGUUCUCGCUGAGCGAAAGAUCCGAGGUAUGCAGCAGGGUGAUCAGACGGUGCUGAGCUUGAGACCUGGUGGCGGUCGCGGCGGCAGACUCCUUGGUCCCUCCUCUUUGUCUUCGGCUUCUUCCAAUUCUUUCCCUGCUUUCGGUUCUUUUUCCUCCGAUCUCCCUCUCCUGCGUCCUCAUGGCGGCGCUCCUCCUACCUUCUCUCUGAAGACUGGAGACGCGCGAUUUGAGAGUCGUGAGCGCGUGCGGUACAAUCGUGACGAGCUAUUACAGCUUAGAGAGGCUGUUGAAGUCCCUGAUGAUAUUCUAAGGAUCAAACGAGAAAUUGAUGCUGAAUUCUUUGGUGAAGACCAAAAUUGGGGACGUGUAGAAACCACUCCACCACCUCAAUCUCAGAGUCGUUAUUCUGAGCCAGAUAAUCGUGACUGGCGUGGCCGGUCAGCACAGUUUCCUACCUCUGGAGAUGCCAAGGAGUUUGGUGGUCGUUUUGAUUCCAGACAGCAGGAAGACAAUCGCCAAGACCAACUCAACUCCCAAUUUGGAAGGGCCCAAGGGGGAGGACCUGCUCCUGCUCUAGUCAAGGCUGAGGUGCCAUGGUCAGCGAGAAGGGCAACUCUCUCUGAGAAGGACCGUGUAUUGAAGACUGUAAAGGGGAUUCUGAACAAGCUCACCCCUGAGAAGUUUGAUCUGCUUAAAGGUCAACUUAUUGACUCUGGCAUUACAUCGGCUGAUAUCUUGAGGGGGGUUAUAUCGCUAAUAUUUGAGAAGGCCGUGCUGGAACCCACAUUUUGUCAUAUGUAUGCUCUUCUGUGUUCUGAUCUUAAUGAAAAGCUUCCUCCGUUCCCAUCUGAAGAAGCUGAUGGUAAAGAUAUUACUUUCAAGCGAGUCCUUUUGAAUAUCUGCCAGGAGGCUUUUGAAGGUGCUGAACAACUGAGAGAAGAAGCAAGGCAGAUGACUGCACCUGAGCAAGAGAUGGAGCGUCGAGAUAAAGAAAGAUUGAUCAAGAUUCGUACGCUUGGAAAUAUCCGGUUAAUUGGAGAGCUCCUGAGGCAGAAGAUGGUACCUGAAAAGAUUGUUCAUCACAUUGUUCAGGAGCUUCUAGGAGCAUCUGCUGCAUCUGAUAGUAAGUCUUGUCCUGAGGAGGAAAAUGUUGAAGCCGUAUGCCAAUUUUUUAACACUAUCGGUAAGCAGCUUGAUGAGAGCCCAAAAUCACGGCGUAUAAAUGAUCUGUACUUUAGCCGAUUGAAGGAUCUGAGCACAAACCCUCAACUGAUCCCACGUGUAAGGUUCAUGCUUCGUGAUGUUCUUGAUUUGAGGUCUAACAAUUGGGUUCCUAGACGUGAAGAGGUAAAAGCCAAAACCAUCACUGAGAUACACACAGAAGCAGAGAAAAAUCUUGGAUUGCGUCCAGGUGCUACUGCAAGCAUUAGGAAUAGUCGUGGUAUUGUUUCUGGUGCUCAAGGGAAUACCAGCCCAGGGGGUUUCUCCAUGGGCCGACCUGGCACUGGGGGUUUGAUGCCUGGAAUGCCUGGAACCAGGAAGAUGCCUGGAAUGCCUGGAUUUGAUAAUGACAACUGGGAAGUGCCUCGAAACCGGUCAAUGCCGAGGGGUGAUGGCUUACCUGCUGGACGUGUCCAGCCACCGUUAAUUGGCAAGUCACCAUCACUGAACGCAAAGCUCUUACCACAGGGCAGUGCUGGCUUCAUCAGUGGGAAGACUAGUGCCCUAUUGCAGGGCAGUGGGCCCCCUCCUACUCGCCCUUCCGACUAUGGUUUUGGUGCAGAGCCUGCAUCUCAAGUCCCUGUACCUGCUAAACCUGUUCCUGCUGUAUCUGCACUUCCCCUUACUGAGAAGCCACAGGCGGCACCAGCUCCAAGGUUGAGCUCAGAUGAUCUUCAGAAAAAAACUGCCUCUCUUCUGGAGGAGUAUUUCAGUGUCCGGCUUUUGGAUGAAGCGUUACAGUGUGUGGAGGAACUAAAGUCUCCAACUUACCACCCCGAGUUUGUCAAGGAAGCUAUUUCCCUUGGACUAGAGAAAAGUCCUCCCUGUGUCGAACCAGUAGGGAAUCUUCUGGAGUAUUUGCUUGCUAAGAAGGUUCUUACGCCUAUAGACAUCAGGACCGGAUGUUUGCUCUAUGGCUCAAUGUUGGAUGAUGUUGGCAUCGACUUGCCCAAAGCACCAAAUAAUUUUGGUGAAAUAAUUGGGAAACUUGUUUUUGCUAGGGGACUGGAUUUUAAGGUGGUCAAUGAGAUCCUUGAGAAGGUGGAAGAUGACCGGUUCCAGAAAGCUUUACUUGAAGCAGCACUCCGGGUUGUUAGCUCCACUCCAUCUGGCCAAGGUGUGUUGGACUCACAAGCAUCUGAUAUUGAGGCCUGCAAGAGUCUGCUCUUGUAAGCCUACCAUUUCUUUGCAUGCAUGAGGACAUCAAAUUUCCAUAACCAGAUGUACCUCCCGUUCUUGAAGAGAGCAAUUUGUACUACAACAAUAUGUGAUAAGCCGAUAAGGUGGUGGGGCUGCAAAAGCAGGUGAUUUAUAUCAUAUCAGAGAUGUAUAUUUUUUCCAGAGGUCAUAGCAGUGUGUUAUUGAGGAAAGAAAUCAAAAACCAUAAAAAUGCCAUGGAUUUUGUUCUCGGGUAUUUUGGCUAAUGAUUUGCCAAGUGGCUCGAGAAGAGUGGCCCGAUUACGGGAUCAGUUGUUUUGUUUAUUCGAUUAGUUUUUCCAUCAUUUUUUAUUGUCUUGACUGAGUAAUUUAGUUUAUAAAUUCUGUGUUUUCACCUUCCAUUACUUAAAGAUGGAGGAAACCA